AUCGGAACAAUGUUUCGAAAAUUUCAGCAAAUAGCACACGAACCUCUGGGCAGUUUGCUAUCAAGCAUCAGCGUCCUUACACACUGCUGAGAACAUGGCACAGCUGCCCGUGUACAAUCCGCCAUCGCCUUUUCUUGGACUACUACCUACAGGACUGGGUCUGUAUCGUAAGAUAACCAUCCGGGGGCGAAUGACACACGACAUGUUCAACAUUAAUCUUCAGUGUGGCCCAAACGUCGACCCCCGUGAUGAUGCGGCGCUCCACAUAAGCAUACGACUCCGGGAAGGCUUGAUCGUGCGCAACACGUACCAGUUCCGAAGUUGGGGUGUUGAGGAACGCUUCGGAGGCUGCCCGGUACAGAAACGGUCGUACUUCGAUGUCACCAUUACGGUGAAACCGGACAGCUAUGGUAUCGCCGUGAACGGGUGCCACUACUGUGACUUCAAUCAUCGCUUACCGUACGCUUCGGUGCGGUUCAUUCAUACGGGUGUUGGUGCACAAGUCGAUGCCAUCAUAACUGAGUAGAAGUAGGACUGCCCGUUCACGUAAAUUGUUCCGAACGUUGUUCAGCGGAUAAGUUAUAUUUUUGCCCGUGUUUUAUGUUCGUGUGUGUGUGUAUGUUCCGGUACAGUAUAAGGAGUA